AUUUGUAGCUGUACAGUGAUGGUGCUUGUUUCACCUGGAGUUUACCUCAAGUAAAGAUACUGUGGCACAAUUAUCUCCACAGGUAACUCAAGAAACUAAAGAAAACAAGGGCGUAACUUUACCUUACGGAUUGUAUUAAUGAAGGUUUUAAGUAACUCUGUUCUGUCUAAGACACUAACCGUAAGCAAUAUGGAACCACCUGGCAAGGUGGUGAAGACACUACCACAGGAACCAGCAGAGCAGGGAGAUGCCCAGAAGCUCCAACUGGUGUUGUCAAACAGCAACAACUUGUCUUCUCUGAUUGGUCAAGAGAACACAUGUGGCAUCAAAACAAGACAAGAGCACAAAGAACAGGCAAAGUGUGAUCUGUCACCCGGCAGCAUGGAGAGAAAGCCUUCAAAACCAUCAGAGAAAUCCUGCUGUCAAGUCCAAUACUCGCAAGAUGCCAGAUUGAAGCAUAGCAAGAAGAGCAAAACAAGAGUAUCGUGGCCUUUCCUCAAAAACUUGGGAAGUGAAUCCCCCUCUUCUCGGAAUGAUGGCCUCUUUGAUCGGCCUCUUAAAGACAUCUGUGAUGAUCAUGACAAUCUCGCCAAACCAGUCCUUGAUGUGUUGAUGGUCCUGUUCCAGAAAGGACCCUCAACAGUUGGAAUAUUUCGCAAGUCAGCAAAUUUAAAGGCCUGCAAGGAACUAAUUGGAAAACUAAAUACAAGAAGUGAAGUGGCCUUAGAAGAGGAGCCUGCCAUCCAGUUGGCUGCUGUCUUCAAGGAUUUCCUGAGGAGAAUCCCAAACAGUGUGUUGGUGACUGAGCUGUACGAGAGCUGGAUGGUGGCCAUGGAGGAAAAGCACCUUGAAGAAAGAGUUACAAAAUUCAGACAGCUUCUGGACAAACUUCCAAGGCACAACUGUCUCUUACUUCGUUACGUGUUUUGUAUGCUCUACCACAUCAAUAAGCACUCUGAGGUGAACAAGAUGGACGCCUACAAUCUGGCUGUUUGCAUUGGGCCUAAUAUGCUCUGGACCAGCAAACCUCCACCAGAUGAAUUACAGAAAGAAGUAACUGCAAAGGUUGUGGGUCUGAUGCAGUUUCUAAUCGAGAACUGUUGCCAAAUAUUUGGUGAUGAGAUACCUACAAUUCUGGGUGAACCAGCACAGAGACGACCAGAACACAUUGAUAACCUGGACACAUCAUCUUCUCUCCAAAAUGACUCUGCCUAUGACAGCACUGACCAGGAUGACUGGAAAGAGGGCGAGAAUGAAAAAAGGCGAAGAGCAAACUCCAGCUGUUAUCCAUUAUCAAGGAGCCAUGAAAGGUUGAGGUUGGCAAGAAAGCAGAGCUAUCAAACAGACAUAAAGGCUGGAGCUAGUGUCACAACGUCUUGCAGCAAUGAGUCAAUUGAUGGUAAUAGCAGAGUAUCGUUUAAUCAUAGUGUGACAACUUGUCCAUCUGGAGAGCUAAACUUGAGAGCAAACAGGCGCAGCUCUGAACCGACCAUAGGUGUCACCAUUAACCCUAAGAAUAUCAGACAGCAGGAAUUAGUUGCAAGGAGCCAUGAUGGUUGCUCAUUUCCAUUUGUCCAGGACUUUACUCAUCAGCUAAUAAGAAAGCAGGUGUCCGACGAAAGCUUCACAAGACGUGAGAUUAGCAGGAGGAGGCCUUGCAACCUUAAUGCCAGCUCACACUCCGAACUUUCCACAGCCCCUUCCUCAAAGGCUUCAUCAGUUUCAUCAUUAGCCAGCUCGUGCUCAAACGUGUCAGAGUGCUCAGUCUUUAUCAACUCUCCACUUGUUUCCCCCACUUGUACCAGUCAGGAGAGUAGCAUCUUUUCAGACCAUACAACAAAACUUCAAACCAGUUCAAUGCAAGAUCCAAACAGUUGUGCAAAGAGCGCAAGAGAGAAAGCUAAGAACCCCGUAAGGAAGACUUACAGCUGGGGGCCAUCAAGGACACUUACAAACCCAGAGUCUUACAAGGAAAACACUCUGAGAGAAAACCUGACAACCUGUCAGACUGUCCACGAGGACCAAGUUGAUGACAAUAGCACUGCCAGGUCCAGGACUCGUAUCUUCUCUGCUGAUGAAGUAUUUCAACAGGUGGACCGUAGAAGGCGUUGCAGCCCACCUUCCUAUACUGAAGCUAUUGAAGAGAACAGUCCACCUAUUGCUCCAAUGAAUGAAAUGACAGUGAAAAACAUGAGAAGGCAGGUCCAGCUGAAAGUACACAUGAGAGCUGGUUGUAGAUUAGCCGCCGAACAGAAAGUCAGACAUUGUUCAUUAACAGAGGACUUGCUCCAGACUUUGCAACAAAAUCAGACCGAUCUUGAUUCUUGCGAUAAACCGACCACAGCUGCUAAUCAAUGCACGGCCCUGCACAUUUGCUCUGAGAACACUUUGCAUCUCACGAAAUGUGAAGAAGCAUACCAGUACAGAGGGAGAGCUAUGUCUGAAGCUGCAGGCAGGAGCAAACAUAAACUGUGGUCCACUCAGGCCUUUGACGCCUUCAAAGAGUUGCAACAUGCUAAAGAGUCUUACGUAUAAUCCUUGCAUGAACUAUAUCCCAUAUGAUUAACAUUGAGGAAACUCAUUAGAACAGUCUGAUAAGCCAGAGACACAAAGUACUUCCGAUGCUGGAAUCGGGAACAAUGCACAAGUUCCAAGAUGAACUCGGAGGGCCAAGCAGCCUCUGUGGAGGGGAAUGGGCAUUUUGGGUCAAGGUCUAUCAUUUGGACUGUCUCAGUCGUUGAUCAUUGUGAUGCUUUUCUGUUAUCAAUGUAUUUAGUCUAAUGGAAUAAAA